CUAUAUAAACUCCCUCUCCCAUUAUUCUUCUCAUCAAUAAUCCUCUAAACUCAACUCAUCAACCAAACUAUAUGACUACAACCAUGAGCCCUUCCCUUGCUUGCUUCUUCUUCAUUGGAGCUCUCCUACACGUUGUCGUUGCCGUGGACCACCGCGUUGGAGGCGAUUUUGGUUGGAACCUACCCCCGAUCCCCACAUUCUUCUCCGACUGGGCUCGCAAUAGGACUUUCUUUGUCGACGAUAAGCUCAUAUUCAGAUCCAAAGCCAAUGGGACGCAUACCAUUGCACAGCCGCAAUCUCAAGUGGAUUUUGAUGGAUGCGUCAAGUCAGGAAUAGUUUUUGACUUCAUCAUUUUCAUUUCAUUUGAUCGUCCUGGCCGUCACUAUUUCAUCUCUACUGCUGGAAACGACUGCAAUGCAGGCAUGAAAUUUGCUAUUAACGUUUUACCAGAAUCUGAAAGAACGCCAAAUGCUGCUGUCGAAGCUGGUGCAGUGUCUGUGCUCCUCUUCAUUACCAUCAUAGCUAAUUUGCUAUUCUUUCUCUAAGAUAGCUAUUCAUUUCAAAAUUGUAUUUUUUUUAUUUUUAUUUUGUUUUGUUCAAAUCCUAAUAAUUGUGAUAGGUAUUGCAAUUUCACUUGGCCCAUUCAUUACUUGUUUCAAUCCACUAUUAAAAUGUUUGAUGUGUGAUUAAAUUUGACGCAUUGCUCAAUUAAAUGAUGGAAUAAACGUUUAAAUUA